UUGUGUGCCGGUGCGGCGGUUACAAGAGUCAUGCUAUUGGACUCUUUUCAACCUCGAAUGGUCUCAGAAGGCGGUGCGGCUGAGCAAAGCGGCCGCUCACAGCAGCGCAAGGGGCACCGCCGCCAGAUAUGCCUUGCCAAGAGCUGUUGGUUCUGGAAGGCAACACUCCCUGCUGCAAGGUCUCUAGGCGAGAUUCAUGCGGCAUACCGCCUUCGAUCGAGCAGUUGUCCAAUAUAAGAGCGCAUGCCGAGUGACAGAAUGUGGAAUCCAAUGGUAUGUCUGCAAGUGCCAGUCGUGACUUCGCCAUCAUCACUCCGGCCCAGAUCAGUACCCAAGACGGAGCACGAGCUCAAGAAGAACGAGGCUAUAUGGACUUCGCCAGUGACGACGGCCGGGUUGAGAAGGCCUCAGUGCGACGGGAUCCUUUGCGCCAGCCCUCAACGACCAGUCCCAAAUCCAAGAAACACCCACGGAGACCCUCAACAGGAGUAAUGAAGCGCACACCCCCUAAACCCCCUCGAUACCGCUCUGUAUCAGCGCCGGUAAGCCAACUCGUUGCGCCUGCACCGCCAAGGGCCAUGCUUGCGGGAACGAGCAGCAACGCGCCGAUCGAACUAGAUGCUACUUCGGACGACGAGCCAGCAUCUACCCCGUUACCCGCCCCGCGACAAUCCCCAAAGGCGAACCCUCCCGUAACUCCCGUGAGCAAGGCUCGGUCCGUCAGCUAUCCAACUCUUUCCCCAGCAGGAACGCCCUCCCAAUCCAUCAACGCCGCCAUUGGGCGCCUGAUCCGCAAGGAAGUCGGGAUCAGCGACACCCGCGGCAAGACGGGCUUCGUCUACGUCCUGGCCGCCACGCACAAGAACGGCAGACGCCUUGUGAAAAUCGGCCACACGGCCGACGGCGACGUCGACAAGCGCAGGAAAUCCAUCGAGCGGACCUGCAGCAGCGACAUCCGUUUCCCGCCGCCGUCCACCACCGACCACCACCACCACCACCAACAGAUCAAGACGUACUACAAGCUCGUCGAGCAGCUCGCCCAUCUCGAGCUGCGCGACCGCUGCUACCCCAUCGACUGCGCCUGCCGCAAGCGCCACCGCGAGUACUUCGCCGUGGACGAGAAUGUCGCCCACCGCGUCGUGCGGCACUGGAUUCGCUUCUGCGAGCAGCGCCCCUGGCGGGACCACCCCUAUUCUUUUCUCGCUCCUGGGCCUCAAGCCAAGUCGGCCAUCUCUCAGGCUAUCUGCCCUACGACCACCGGGCCAAUCAAGCCGGAAUGGCUGGACCGUCUCGAACGGCAGCACUCGAUGAGCGUCGAUGACGUCUCGGCGGCAACAACAGGUCUAGAAGUGCGGCUAGCGCACUGGGAUGCCUUCGUUUCCCCCUCGCUCGGUGCCUGGCUCUGGUACGACCUGCGCCAGGCGUGGGCGGGACUGUGGCGCUGCGCGUGGGAGGUGUGCUGCGUGCUCCAGGGGCUGCGGAUCCUCUGGUUGACGUGGGACUGGGAUGCCCCGCCAUGGGUGGGCUUGUUGGUGGUUGUGGUGUCGCUGGUCUGCACGCUGAGGAAGGUGGGCGAGAUCCGAUCUGCAGCGGCCUGCUGGCUGUCUCGGCGGCUCGUCGGCUUCGUCUCGGGGGAAAGGGAAAGUGGCUUCCUGCCACUUGCGACCCUCUUGUCAGGGUGUUGUUGCUUUUUCUUACGGACCGGCGUUCUUCCUGGUUGGCCGUUGCGCUUGGAUGAUCCGGGCGCGUUGGAGAGCAGACGGGAACCGGAGAUCUUCGUUGGAGCUUGGGUAACCACCGACGGGGAAGACAACUGUGAGGAAUAAGAGGCGUGUGAGGAAGAUGACUGUGACGACGGGACACUCGAAGUUGGGGCAACAUGCGUACCAGGACAACGUUCCUCUGAAGGCGUG